AGUACUGAGUAGUCUUCACUCCCAGAAGGCUGUGAGAUCAAUGUGCGAGUUUAUUGUAUCUAAUUUUAGCAUAACAUUCAAUUAGUAUCGAUUGGGUACCUCAGUGAGUAAAUACUGUGACAAAUAUCAUCGGACGAUGGCUAACAAGGGUAAUUAAUAACAAAUCAACUCAUGAAAAUAUGUGAACAUGUAUUUACACGGUGGAUAGGUUAUGUUGUCGUAGAUGAGGACCCUAGCGAGUCAUCCGUUGAGGAGGAUGUAGUGAAAGUAUUCGAGCAUGAAACACCAGGGGAAAUAUUGAUCAUAGACCCAGAUACAGAAGAGCUUGAUCUGAAUCAUUCUCGGCUCACAAAACUCGAGAAUCUGGAACCGCUUACCAAAAUAGAACGACUAUGUUUCACCUGGAAUUUAAUAAAGAAAAUUGAAAAUCUUCAUACUUUAACUACUUUAGUUGAACUAGAAUUGCGAGACAAUCAGAUUAAAGUCAUAGAGAAUUUGGACGCACUUGUUAAUUUGGAAGUAUUGGAUCUUUCCUUCAACCGAAUCAAGAAGCUUGAAGGCUUAGAUCAUUUGUGUAAAUUAAAGAAGUUGUUUCUCUCAUCAAACAGAUUAACUGAUAUUGAGAACAUAUCUCAUUUGAAGAAUCUGACCAGUCUUGAGCUGGGAGACAACAAAUUGAGAGAAAUUGCUAAUCUUAAUGGGUUAGAAAACCUUACAAAUCUAUUCUUGGGUAAAAAUAAGAUUACCAGGAUACAGAACCUUGAUGAUCUGUCAAAUCUUGAGGUACUCAGUUUACAAGACAAUCGGCUUGUGAAGAUUGAGAAUUUGGAAAAUCUGACCAAAUUAGAACAGCUCUAUUUAUCUGAGAAUGGAUUAACACACAUCGAAGGGCUUGAAAAUUGCCCUAAGAUAUCAACCUUGGAUGUAGCAAAUAACAGAAUCAAAAAGAUUGAAAACAUUGAGCAUUUAACUGACUUGGAAGAGUUCUGGAUGAAUGACAAUCAUGUCGAGGAUUGGGGUACCGUCCAGAAUCUGACAGCAAAUAAAAAGCUACUAACUGUGUACCUGGAGAGGAACCCCGUAGCAACAGACCCAAAUUACAGGCGAAAAAUAAAGCUUCUUUUACCCUGGCUAACACAACUAGAUGCCACAUUGUGUAGAUAAGCAAAGUAUUGUUAAAAUUACGUAUUUUGAUGAAUCAUAUGAGAUAGGUCGGUGUUGUCAUAUUUAUACCCAAUUUUUUAAAUAUUUUUUCACGGUUUAAAAAAGACAGACUAAAGAAAGUACUUGUGAAAUUAGUAUGACGUCAUCGUCAGCAUUGCAGAAUCUAAAUAAUCGGCUGUUCCAGCAACAGAAAUGAAUAAUAAACGUAGAUACUAGUGCCAAAACUUACGAAUCAAAAACCGGUCACAACUGAAGAGAAUCCUUAGUUUCGAUACGAAUUUGUUUACCGAGAUCCAUUAAGCGUUUGAUUCCGUUCGUCGUGGUACCUAUAAUACGACUGCAGUCAAAUCCUUAACUCCGUUUGCAUUUCAGUAGUUUAUUGUUAUUGCAACAAAUUACUCUUGUCUCUCCUUUAUUGUAAUAUCAAGUAUAUAUCUAUUAAUUGUCCGGAUGUUCAUCUGGCGAGAAAAUAUAAGCGUACUCAUAUAUGUGAAUAAAUAAAUAAAUGCGAUCACUGUAUUAUAAAACAAA